UUGCCGUCCAAUGAAUUACACUCUAGUAUAAUUCAUAUUUAAAUGCAUGGCCCAACAAACAAAAUCACCUAAACCCAACAAAUAAAACUGAAAACGGGACAGCCGCCGCCGCCGCCGCCUCCCCUUCUUCAUCACUUGUUUACUGGCCAUGGCAUCGGUACCGGCCUAUGACAUAUCUGCGUCUGGACGGACAUCAGGAAAGCUCAACCUCACAGCCCUGCAAUCCAAUAUGAAAGCUGAUCCCGAAGGAUAUAGUUCGGAGGUGUCGCUUGUUUACAAUCAGUUUAAAUCCUCUAUCGAUAUCUUUGAGGAGAAAGCCCGGUUGAAUUUCACUUCGCUCAGUGGAAUCUCCGCCGAUUCCUCCGUCGGCGAGGACUUGGGUGAUCAGGCAAUGUUUUUGGCACAUGUUACGCCUUUUUAUCCGACAGAAUUGGCCCAAUUUCCGAUCGAAUUGAUCGAGUUUUUAAGAACUUCGGCCUGGAAUCUGCCGUCGGGUGUGAGGGUACAAGUGACGCGAGCGCUGAUUCUUUUGGUAAAUCGACAGAUGAUAGAUAUUUCUAAGACACUCUUAGUAUUCAUGGAGGUCCAGACACUAGGGGAUAAAGUAUUACGACAAUUGGCAUUUUACCAUGUUAUUAAAAGCAUUAGACGGAUGAAUCAGAAACAUAAGAACGAUCCGAAGAAUAGGACACUCCAGAACAUUUUGUUCGGAAUGCUUCAGCAAGAGGAAGAAGCAAAAGCUAAGCGAGCGCUGAUUACCCUAUGUGAUCUCUAUCGGAGGAAAGUCUGGUGUGAUGAUAGGACAUCAAAUGCUAUAUGUAUGGCAUGUUUUCAUCCGUCCUCAAGGAUCAAGAUUGCUGCCUUGUCAUUUCUUCUUGAUUUUGAGAAAAUUAAAGAUGAUCAUGAUAGUUCUGAUAGCGAAGAUGACCAACAUCAAAUAGUACUGAACAAAGAAGCUAUGUACAAGGCAAGCCAUAAGGGCACAACAUCAAGCAAAAAGAAGAAGAACGCAAAACUGCAGCGUAUUGCCCGAAGUAUGAGGCGUUUAUCAUCUGGAAAAAGUAAUUCAAACAUCUGCUCACCACUAAACAAUUUGAAAGAUGCACAGGGGUUUUCCGAGAAGCUGUUUUUUUGCCUGCAAUCUGGCAAAGAAAAGUUAAGUUUCAAGGAGAAGCAGUUUUCUUGCCUGCAAUCUGACAAAGAAAGGUUAAGUUUCGAGAAGAAGCUGUUUUCUUGGCUGCAAUCUGCUGGCAAAGAAAGGUUAAGUUUUGAGGUUAAAACGAUGAUGCUUAAAGUAAUUGCACGAACCAUAGGCCUUCACCACCUGAUUUUUUUGGAAUUCUACCCGUAUCUUCAAAAAUAUGUCCAGCCAAGUCAACAACAUGUUACAACUAUACUUUCAGCAGCUGUUCAAGCCUGCCACGAAAUGGUACCACCAGAUGCAGUUAAAUCGUUGUUUAAGCAAAUAGUAAACCAAUUUAUACAUGAUGGAGCAGGACAUGAGGCCAUAACUGUUGGGCUGAAUGUAGUUCGUGAAAUAUGUCUUCGCAUGCCUUUGUUGAUGACUGAAGAACUGCUCCGAGACCUUGUCUUAUAUAGAAAGUCACAUGAGAAAGGAAUUUCUGCUUCUGCUCGAUCACUUCUUAUACUAUUUAGAGAGGUAUGCCCAUCAUUGUUAAUGAGGAAGGAUAGAGGGAGGCCUGCUGAACUGAAAGCCAAACCUAAAGCCUUUGGUGAGGUGCGUGUUCAUAGCAAUAUUCUAGGCGUUGAGCUAUUGGAAGAAGAAGAAGAUCAAGGGAGUAGUGAUGAGGACAUUGAUGGGGAGACUCAGGAUCAUUCCAUGGCUGAUGAUAGUCAAGAAGAUGAUUCAGUUGAUCUUGUUGAAGAGGAUGGAAGAGGCGAAAGUGAUAGCAAUUCUGACCAUGAAUUGGAUGAUGGCAGUGAUGCAAAUGGCGAAGAUGAUAUUUAUUACAAUGUUGAUGGUGCUAGUGAAAUUGGUAAUGAAGACGAGAGUGACGAGAACGAUGAUGAUGAUGAUUAUGGGGAAAUCGGUUUAGUGGAAACCGAUGAUGGUAUUGGGAAGGAUGCUGCUGAUGUUUAUAGCAAUAAAUCAAAAGAAAAGAAAAGGAAGUUCUCUGAAUUUGAGGGACAGUUGAAUGCUGCCGAUAAAAGUCUUGGUGCUUUGAAGAAAUUAUCAGUAACGGCCGAGAACAUCUCUUCAUCCACACAUGAUGGAAUUCUUUCCGACGAGGACUUCCGAAGAAUUAAAGAGCUCAAGGCUAAGAAGGAUGCGAGGACUGCUUUGACACAGCACGGUUUCAAGCUUCCGAGCUCAGACCAACUUAGACUCAAGAGGGUAGAUGCUGCUACAUGCGAGGCACACAUAAAGAGGAAGUUAACGGAGGAAGCAAAAUUGGCAUUGAUAAGAGAAGGAAGGGAGGAAAGAGGGAAAUAUCAGUCCCGCGCCGCUAUAAAAAAGAAAAAGACUGGUGGUUUAAGCAAUCGGCAAAAGGAGCACAAAAAGCUUAUGCCGGAUGCCGCAAGAAAGGCUAAGAUAGCAAGAACUCGACAAGCGAAGAAGAUCAAACAAAAACUUUCUGGCAAACAAUUCCGUGGAAGGAAAGCAUGGAAAUGAUAUAUGCAGUGCUAGCAAGUAGCAACCCUCAUUGCUGAUUUAAUUAUUUUCUUUUUCGUAAUCUUUUUCUACUACUAGAAGUCACAAGAUUUUAGGAGAUGAUUAGUAUGAUGGAACGAAGAUGAGAAUGGAAUGGUGAUUCCUACCUU